GUCCGACUGUCGUGACUAAGAGAGAGCAGAGUAAUGAGCAGAAUGCUUGGAGUACCUCAGGUUCUGGCUGGAUCUCCGGAGAGGCAGUUUCGCUACUUUUAGAAGGUCAGAAUUCCUUCUUGUUGGGUAGUAAAAAUAGAGUCCAACAUCAAGAACAUCAUGAACAGCAGGAGAUGAAGCCCUAUUACCCUCUACACGGAGGUGGCGCGCCGAUUAUGUUUGAUCUGACUGACGCACGCGCGGAAUACCAUCAAGAAUCAUGCUCCUCGGAAGCUAGUGCAGGUGAAGAGCAGGUCGAAGUAGUUGAUCUUCUUGCUGAAAAGAGC